CCGCGGCCGCGGUUCACCAUCGGCUACGCGCUGCCGCCCGGCAAGGCGGGCAGCGUCAUCCAGCCGCCGCUCGAGGCCCUCGCGGCGGAGCGCGGCAUGCGCCUCGUCGCCGUCGACCCCUCGCUCCCCCUGGCCGACCAGGGUCCCUUCGACCUCAUCAUCCACAAGCUCUUCGACCCGGCCUGGCGCGCGCGGCUGGAGGCCUUCUCCGCGCUCCACCCCGCCGUGCCCGUCGUCGACGCCCCCGCCGCCGUCGACCGCCUGCUCGACCGCUUCACCAUGCUCGACGUCGUCCCCGGGCUCGCCGCCGGCCUGGACUACCCGCUGUCCGUCCCCGCGCAGGUCACCGUGAGCGACGCCGCCGCGCUGGCCGCGGACGACCCGUCCCACGGCCUCCGCUUCCCGCUCAUCGCCAAGCCGCUGGCCGUCGACGGCAGCGCCAGCUCCCACGACCUCUGCCUGGUGUACCGCGCCGAGGGCCUCCGCGGCCUCCACACCCCCGUCGUCCUCCAGGAGUUCGUCAACCACGGCGGCGUGCUCUUCAAGGUCUACGUGGUGGGCAGCCGCGCCGUCUGCGUCCGCCGCAGCAGCCUGCCGGACGUGCCCGCGGCGCGCCUCGCGGACCCCGGCGCCGACGCCUCCGUCCCCUUCGCCAACAUCUCCAGCCGCCCCGCGCUGGACAAGGGGGAGGACUCGAUGACGCCGCCCGCCGCGUUCGUGGACCAGGUCGCGCGCGGGCUCCGGCAGGCGCUGGGGCUGCACCUCCUCAACUUCGACAUGUUCGCGGCGACGGAGCUGGACGACGGCGGCCGGCGGAGGUACUUCCUCGUGGACAUCAACUACUUCCCGGGGUUCGCCAAGAUGCCGGGCUACGAGACCGCUCUCACGGAUUUCUUCGCCGAGAUGAUUCAGCUCGGCACUGCAGGCGCCGCCAGCCAAGAGAAGCUCGAAUCUGUGCCGUGCAAUGGCCUAGAUCUCGAGGAAACUGGGUCUGCUUUGGACUCGACCUGCCCCGUGCCCAUGGCUUAGUUUCGAAAACAGGGUGCGGCCAAGGUCCCCGUACUGCCGAUGAUAAUAGAUGUUUUUUUUCGAGGAUUUCAAGCAACUGAUUAAGACAUCGAUGAUUGAUGCUAUCUAUGAAGGUUUCAAAUCUACUCCCUCCGUUGUUCAAAGAGUGUACUUCCAACUUUGUUGGAAAGUCAAACAUUUUAAUGUUUGACCGUAAUUAUACAAUAAUACAUAAAUAUUUAUGCCAUAAAAUUAGUAGCAUUAGAUUCAUAAUAAAAUAUAUUUUCAUCUUA